AUGGAAUUUUGCCAUGCUCUUGAGCUUUUUAGUAGGCAUGCCUUCAGGAGAGACUCUCCACCCGAUGAUUAUGUCUACCUUUCAAAAAAAGUUGUCUCCACUUUGGGAAAGCUUCCUUUAGCUCUUGAAGUCACUGGUUCAUCCCUUUCUGGUAGAUCCAAAGAAUUUUGGUUAGACACUUUGAAGAAGCUAGAAAAAGCUCCUUCCAUAGAAGUCCAAAAAACAUUGAUGAUAACUUAUGAAAGGUUAGACGAUGCACAAAUGCAAGUAUUUCUGGAUAUAAGUUGUUUUUUCAUUAAUGAGGAUAAAACCUACCCUUGCUACAUGUGGGAGGACUGUGAAUACCACCCAUACAAUGCCAUUGAAAUCCUCUGUCUCAUGUCCUUGAUGAAAAUCAAAGAUGACAAUACUUUUUGGAUGCAUGAUCAAGUGCGGGACCUCGGAAGGGCAAUCAUUCGUGAAGAGAAUUUCAAAGAACCUCACAAGCGUAGCCGAGUGUGGAAUCAUCAGGAAGCCUUGAGCAUUUUGGAGCAGAAAAAGGGAAGCAAGAAGGUAGAAGCACUGUCACUAGGAUCUCGUGGAGUCAUCAUAAUGCCUAGUGAAGUUGCUAAUUUACGACACCUGAGGUUCUUGGAAGGGAAUGAGAUGUUCCUUGUUGGAGACUUCAAUAAUCUUCUCUCCAAUUUAAGAUGGCUUUCUUGGCGAUGGUGCCCUUUUGAGUUUGUGGCAACAAACUUUCAUCUAGUCAAUUUAAUCGUUCUUGACCUUUCACAUAGCUAUGUAUUAGAGAAAUGGAUUGGCUGGAACCAAAUCAGAGUGGCAAGUAAACUAAAAGUACUAGAUUUGAGCAAUUGCAACGACUUAAUGAGAACGCCCGAUUUAUCUAUGUUGGUGUCCUUGGAGAGAUUGAUUCUUGAAGGUUGUCGCAAUUUAAUUGAAAUUGACCCUUCCAUUGGAAAAUUAAAGCUCCUCACUACUUUAAACUUGAAUGGAUGUCAUGCUCUUAAAAGGUUACCUUACGAAAUAGGAUGUCUAGAUGCUUUGACGGAGAUUCUCAUGCCUCGUUCGUUGUAUGCAUUCAAACUUCCGGAGACAAUUGGUAAUUUGAAGUCAUUGUUGACCCUUGAUGUAUCACAUAGCAGGAUCCGCGUGUUGCCAGACUCAAUUGGAGGGCUGGUGAAACUUAGGCGGUUGAAUUUAUUUAAGUGUUUAAAGAUAAAGAAACUUCCCAGUUCGCUUCCCCCAAGUUUGAGUUGUCUAAGGUGGGCCUUUGAUACUCUCAAGAUCUGCAAAAACAUGACAUAUAUGCUGGAGCGGGACUCUGCUUAUCACUCUAGCAUCGUACCCCUAUAUGAGGUGGAAGAACUAGCAUCUGGCAAAACCCGGCGAUUCUUGCCCUGGCACUUGUCUUCUAGUUUAAGAGAGUUCGAAGUUGGAAAUCUGUCAAUUACACCACGGUGGGAUUAUUCCCAUUUGAGCAACUUGUCAACCUUGCGAUUACAAAGUUGUUCGAUAGAAAAUUUCCUUGAUGUUUUACCUGAGGAGGUCAAGCGCUCCAUUUUGUCGGAGCAAGUAAAGAUAAUGCAAUUAGAAAAAGAGCAAAGGGAAUCGGUUAUGUCGGAAAUGAAAAGAUGGAGCGUUUUAAAGAUGUCGAGAUCGUUUCUGUUGCAAAUGAAAAGAUUGAGACAUUUAGAGAUGCGUAUGUGCAAGUUCUCCUCAAGAGCCAAGUUCUCCUCAAUAGCACUUCGUCUAUCACACAUGAAGAUUCUGGAAGAGUUCCAUGGAAAGGAUGUCAAACCUAUCGAAAUUGAGAAAGCUAAGGAAGCUAAGAGUAGGAGAAUGUCCAAAGUUAAGAAGCGUGGAAGGUCUAAAUCACUUGGAAUCUUUACAGAAGUUGUGGAUUCACAAUUGCUGCUCGUUGGAGACUAUUGUGAUUUCUGGGUUAAGUUCAUCGGAUUACCGUAUGGGAGAGUUUCCUACGCUGUCAUUGAGGAACUAGCAUCCAAACUGGGUGUAGUUGUCGAAGUGAAACUUGAAGCAAAAGGAAGUAGUACCUACAAAAGAACAGAAAGAUAUGGGUUGAAUUUAAAUAUGAACGACUGCCCUAUUAUUGCUAUUCCUGUGGACGAAUUGGCCAUUACGCCACGGAGUGUGCCGAAAUACCGUAUAGAGAAUCGGGGUUGGAACGUAACUUACCCAGCUCGUUGCGGCGAUUGGUGCGCCGAGGUGAAGGAAUUAAGCCCAUAUGGCAAAAUAUUCUACGGCAAAGCGGGCACUCCUACGAAGAAGUGGAGGUAG